AUGGGAGACUUACCUAGAGAUAGAGUUGUAAUAACUAGACUAUUGGAAAAAAUAGGACUGGACUUUCCAGGUCCAGUUAUCCCCAAACCUAAUUUGAAAAGAUCUAGAGUUACGUCUAAAUCAUACAUCGCGAUAUUUAUUUGUUUCAGUACAAAGGCUAUUCAUUUAGAAAUAGUAUCGGAUUUGUCUACUGAAACAUUUCUAGCAUGUCAUAGAAGGUUUAUUGCCAGACGAUCUAAACCAUCCAUUGUUCGAAGUGAUAACGCUACGAACUUCAGGGGAACGAAGAAUGUUCUUGAUAAACUCUUUAGAAUUCCUCCUUCUUCCCCGCAUUUUGGCGGAUUAUGGGAGGCUAAUAUAAAAUCAAUGAAGAGAAUUUCGACAAAGGUUGCGAAAACGACAAUUUUGAACUUUGAAGAAUAG